CGUGGGCGUGGUAUUCAACAAAAUGGCUGCCGCAAGGGUGACCUUGUACAGUUCAAUGGAAAGCUACAGGCAACAAAGAAAAGGCAAAGUCAUUUUAGUUAGGGAGACUUUGAGCGAAACUUUAGUUGCUGCAUCUGAGAAACUCAAAGAAAACGUCGAAGAGUUGCGGUUACUGACGGGUGGGGUAGUUGAUGACAUCACUUUAUUAAGAGAGGAUGAUAUUCUAAUUGCUGUUACCUCAAGCACAGAGUCAACAAGAGCCACACCCUCCUCUCCGAUUAUACUAAGCGACCUCCCUGAGGACCAGCUACCCGAACUCGGCCCUCAAACUGAUCAAAGUCAUUUCCUCCUUAAAAAGUGCUCAAGGCUCCUUUCCCCUGAUGCUCCUUCACGUCAUGACUGGGUGAGGUUGAAUGUAGGCGGGAAAGUAUUUGCCACUAGCAGGGCAACCAUCACUUCUGAUCCAUCCUCAAUGUUGGCUAGAAUGUUUGAGUCAGAUUGGUUCAGUGCUACGGAUGACUCCGGGGCAUACCUCAUUGACAGGAGUCCUGAAUAUUUUGAGCCACUUCUCAACUUCAUGAGACAUGGGAAGCUCAUUAUUAACGAAGGAGUGAACCCACAGGGAGUGCUAGAGGAAGCCAAGUUCUUCAAUGUUACUAAAGCUAUCCAACCACUGGAAACACUUGUUAAGAAUGAAGAGUUCUCAUUAGCUGGUCAUUUAACAAGAAAGGAGUUCCUUCAGAUGAUCAUUGGCUCCUCCUCUUCUUCCGUCCUUAGAUGUCAAGGUAUUAAUUUGGAAGGUGUGGACCUCUCUAACCUCGAUUUAAGGAACAUUAACUUCAAGUGUGCUAAUUUAAGAUAUUGUGAUUUCUCUCACAGUGAUCUCACCAACUGUGUCCUUGAGAGAGCCGAUCUCUCAUACGCUACCCUCAAUAAUGCUGUUCUUCAGUGUGUUCACAUGCCCAGAGUAGUCAUGGAAGGAGCUUGUUUAAAGAAGUGCAUAAUGGAUGCCAGCCUAGGAGUAUCGACUAACCUUGAAGGGGCUAACUUGAAGGCAGCAACUUUUGAUAACAGUCAGAUGAGUUGCGUCAAUCUCCGUCUUGCGAGUCUCAAGGGGGCGUGUCUCAGGUCCUGUAACCUCCGCUACGCAAUAAUGGCAGGAACUGAUAUGGAGAAUUGUGAUUUAAGCACUAGUGAUUUGCAGCAUGCCAAUUUAAGAGGCUCAAAUUUUGAAAGCACCAACCUUAAAGAUGUAGUUAUAUAGAAUCUGCCUUUCUUGAUCAAUUGAAUGAACUGUGAUUUGCGUGGCUGUGAUUUGCAGCACGCUAAUCUCAGAGGUGCUAACUUAGCUGGUGUUAAUUUUGCCGAUAUCACUGCCCCACUUCACAUGUCUCAAACAGUAAAUGUUAAUGUCUCCCAGUUGAUAUCUCCCACUGAGAAUCUUCAGCAAUCACUAGAUAACCCUUUACCAGAUGGAAGCAAUGAUAACAAUGACUGAUUAUAAUGAACGUCUGUGUGUCAUAUCUUCCCUCUGGUUAUUUGUUUGUAUCCUUCACUGUGUGAUAAUAAUUUUUUGAUUCUCUAUAUUAAUUUAAUACUAUAAUUA